AUGGGUCUUUGUAUAACAAAACCAAAUACAAAAAAUCCUUAAUCUCUGAUUCGUCUUAUCAAAGUUGAAAAUGAGAAUUACAAUUCGAAACCGAUCACUUUGCCUGAGCUUUAUGACAAGAUACUAGAAAUAUGGGCGAUGCUGGAAAAAAAAUUGAAUAAGUUAGUACACUGUCAAAGAACUUAAAAUAUCUUAGAAUUAAAGAAACAGAUCCAACACAUUUUGAGUAAACAAAAAAAUAAUGUUGCUGUUUCUGUUUCCGAAAUAACAAUAGGAAUUAUUGUCAAUCACAUGGAAAAGAUCGCAUUUGAGAUCGAAGAAUUAAUACGAGAAGAGUUGUUGAGUGAAGACAUCUCUAACAAAUUCAAACAAUUAUACACUUAAAUUCUUGAACUUUCUCUUGAAUACUAUAAUUGGAAGAAUAUCUAAAAUGCAGAUAUUACAUAAGUAUAAAGUUUUAUUUGA